CUCCUCGUGAUCCAGCUCAAUUACCGUGACGACGUUUAUAGCUAAUGCUGUCGCUUGUCUACCAACUCUAUAGUUGCUUAGGCUUGAUUGACCUUUUACGCGAUCCGUCUCUGUAAGAGGAGAUGUAACAUUUGGAUACUAUUCUUCUUCUUCUUCUUCUUCUUCUUCUUCGUCUUCUUGUUCCACACGUGCGCAUCAUGCAUGAUCGAUCGAACAUUAGAGGAGUACUUGGAGAUGGAGCGACGCCUUCUCUUCGGUCAAUCAUCACCAUAAAGUCAAACAGCCAUCCGUUUGCUGUAUCGGAACCCAAAGCCGACGUUUCCUGCCAUCGUAAUCUCGUGUAGAUCUCCUCCCCCUUCUGUAACGCGCGCGACGUAUCCCGAGUAUAUGCCGGCACGCCGUUGGACGACGGCGGUACAACGGCGGGACAUGGAACCCAGCUACCUCACGGCCGCCACCGCCUUCUCGGGCUCCGACAACAGCAGCUGCGUGCACUUCUCCGGCGAUGCGGCGGCUGCUGCAGCUCCGGACUCCGCCCCGCCCGCGGCGGAGGUCGAGGGACUCCGUCGCCUGUCGGACCACCUCGGCUCCGCCUUCCAGUCGCCGGACUUCGAGUUCCUCGCCGACGCCCGCAUCGCGGUCGGGCCCCCACGGGACGGCGGGUCAGCGCCCCGCGAGGUCGCGGUACACCGCUGCGUGCUAUCCGCCCGGAGCAUCGUAUUCCGGGAGGAGUUCGCGAGGCGGGGGAGGGGAACGGCCGCGGCCCCGGUGAGGAUGGAGCUGAAGGAGCUGGUAAAGGACUCCGAGGUCGGGUACGACGCCUUGGUGGCGGUGCUCGGGUACCUCUACACCGGGAGGGUGGCGCCGCUGCCCAAGGCGGUGUGCGCCUGCGUCGACGAGGAGUGCCGGCACGAGGCGUGCCGGCCGGCGGUCGAUUUCAUGGCCGAAGUGCUCUACGCCUCCUCCGUCUUCCAAAUCGCCGAGCUGGUCAACCUCUUCCAGCGGCACCUCCUUGGUAUUCUGGACAAGAUGGCAAUAGAUGACAUACCAGUAAUUCUCUCUGUUGCUAAACUAUGCGAUAGCUCAUGCGCCAAUCUGCUCAGCAAAUGCAUAGACGUUGUAGUCAAGUCAGACCUAGAUACCAUCACCCUAGAGAAGAAGAUGCCUCCUGAUAUUGUUAAGCAAAUUAUGGAUUUACGCUUGAAUUUUGGGCUAGUGGGACCUGAAAGCAGCAGCUUUCCUGAUAAACACGUCAAGAGAAUACAUAGAGCUCUUGACAGUGAUGAUGUUGACUUAGUAAGAAUGCUAUUAAAGGAGGGGAAUACAACGCUAGAUGAUGCAUGUGCAUUGCAUUAUGCGGUAGCAUAUUGUGAUUCAAAAAUCACAACAGAGCUGUUAGAUCUUGCACUGGCAGAUGUUAACCAUAGAGACUUCAGAGGUUAUACUGUGCUUCACAUAGCUGCAAUGCGUAAAGAACCUAAGAUCAUCGUGUCACUUCUGACAAAGGGAGCCAGACCAUCUGAUCUUACAUUGGAUGGAAGGAAAGCACUUCAGAUUGCAAAGAGACUUACCAAGUCUGUGGAGUACCUCAGGUCGAUUGAAGAAGGAGAAGCAUCUCCUAAGAGUCGUUUGUGCAUUGAGAUAUUAGAGCAAGCUGAAAGAAGAGAUCCACAAGUAGGUGAAGCUUCUGUAUCACUUGCAGUGGCUGGUGAUGACUUGCGGGGAAGAUUGUUGUAUCUUGAGAAUCGAGAAUGUUGUAACGGGAAACAAGAGCGCUUCCGAUGUCCAAGUUCUUUGUCUCUAUUCAAAGAUGCUCUUGCUCUGGCAAGACUAUUGUUCCCCAUGGAGGCAAGAGUUGCUAUGGACAUUGCACAAGUUGAUGGCACAUCGGAGUUCACCUUAGGGUCUACCAGCAACCGUUCUACUGGAAAUCAAAGGACUGCGAUGGAUCUAAACGAAGCACCAUUCAAGAUCAAGGAAGAGCAUCUGGCACGAAUGAGAGCACUUUCCAGAACAGUGGAACUUGGGAAGCGCUUUUUCCCUCGGUGCUCAGAGGUCAUCAACAAGAUCAUGGACGACGAUCUCACAGAAAUCACUGGCCUCGGACACCACACUUCGGAGGAGAAGAGGAGGAGAUUUCAGGAGUUGCAGGAAGUCCUGUCAAAAGCAUUUAGCCAAGACAAGGAGGAAUUCGACAGGUCUGCCUUGUCUUCCUCAUCCUCAUCGUCAUCUACAUCCAUCGACAAGGUUUGCCCGAACAAGAAGAUGAGAUGAUUCCCACCUAGUCGAUUCUAUACCUUGUACGCAGAUUAUGGUUUCUUCGUGUCAAAACAUGUUUGCUUCAUCUCUCUGAGUUGUUGCCUCUCAUAGAACCAUGACACACCACUAGAUCAUGCUGUAACAUGUGUUAUAUAACUCUUUGUCUAAUAUUACUGAUUUGUGUUAUUUACAAAGGUAUUAUGAACAUCAUAAUAUUAAUGCAAAGCAGCUUGGAUAGGCUACUGUUUCAGUAUGAUCA